AUGUCACUUUUCACCGCGCAACUGCACCCAGGACGGGCUCUGGGAUUUCUCGUUCUUGGAGCCUCUUUGCAUGAUGUCUUGACGCGACUGAAGGCCGAGCCGCAACGUUUUCCACAACUCCAUCUCGCCUACUCUCGAGAACUUCCGGUCGAGCAGCCUGUGACUCUAAGCCUUCCCGCCAACGGCAUACGCCUGCGCUUCGACGGCCCCGAGCAGCGCUUGCGCCUGAUAGAGAUUGUCGACUUCACAAAGAAUCAUGUCACGUUUAAGGACCGCGAUCUUGUCAAGCCCGCCAACUCCCAGGGCCCGCCGUCGUCGCCUGUCCCCGGCGAGUCCACCUCCGGACCAACCUUCAGACAAAUCUACCACAGGUUGCUCGGACCAACAUACGGCGGAGAGUUCAUACCGCCAACCCCAGAUGCCCCCGACAACCUGGGAAACUACAUACUUUCCUACCCCGGAGUUGCCUUUACCUUCCGACUGGCCGAAUCGGCAUACUCCCCCACCAAGGAUGUCGUUUCGCUGCUGUCUUCGGCCCAGAGCCAGGUACCCACCUCCAUGGCUGUCUUCAGCGGCGAUUCGUGGGCCCAGGCCCGAGAGUGCCUUUGGACCGAGAUCCUGCCAAGCGUCAAGACGGUACCUGUUCUUCCAAGAGGGAAGGACGUGGUUCCCGACGAGAUAUCGCUCGUCAAGAUUCACGGGGGUGGAAAGCUACAACUGUUUCGCAAAAUGACGAUACACAAGCUUCGGACGGCCAGCCACAGCAGGGCUCGUUCAAACGGUGCUGAUCUGCACCGCCCAGACGAUCUGACCGAUACCGAUCAGUCGUCUGCAAACACUGGCUCAGAUGACUCCAACGACGAAGCGGUGGAAGAAGACAUUGCCGGAAAUGUUUCCGGAGAGUGCUUCUACAAUUACUUCUACCUGGGCUUUGAUGUGCUGGUUUCAACACCUUCGCCGCCAUCGAGACCGCCGCCGGCUCAGCACGAAUCUCAGGUACCGCCGAGCAAGCCUAUCAAGUCGGAGUCUCCCGACCGCUUGGUUGCCACGAAGUUGGUUCUCCACGGCAACGUUCCUGGCUCGUACGAGUUCAAUAGACACCGCCGUUGCCGCUGGGAAGUCAGCUAUCUUGACGACGGUUCCCCUGGCACGGCAGCAAACUCGGAGACGAAAUUCACAGAGAUCAAGGAUAGACUGAACGAACGAUGGAACAGCGCGCACCCGGAAGGCGACUCCAGAGCUCCUCAAAGAGGCAUGGUUCUCAACCGGGGCUGGGGGGAUAGCCCCGGCAGCAGCUGCGAAUUCCUUGGAGGCUGGGAGGACAGCGGCGCCAAGAGACUCGAUGGCAGCGACGAUUCCACCACCACACUAUUUGGGUUCCCCGGUCUCGUGUUUGAGGUGCUGAAGAACGAUCAUGUCAACACGGUGACUGUGUUUUAGAGUUUGGACUGGGCAUUAAACCGGCAGCCAGCUGUUAUGGCCAUGCUGCGAGCGGAUUCGCUGCGGCCCUGGCCGGGGACACGAGGCUAGACGAUAAACUACGAUAUCCCUACAAGAAGCUUGGCUUAUGCUCAAAUCCAGAUGCACCUUGGCACACCACCACCACCUCCCUUUUAGGCUCCGUUGUUGGGCUUAUCCGCCAACUCAACAUGGAACAGCAAUGACGUGGAUGCUGCCAGAUUCCUCGUUUGCAAGGCUUCUUCAACCAUCCACUUGCAAGAGUCCCAUCUGAUUUCGCCCUUCAUGCAAGCCAGAGAUGGGACAGUUGAGCUUUGUCCUCGCUUUACUUUACUCCUCGGUCUGAGUCGGUUUAUGUUUCGGGAGCCAAGGGCAUUGCCACCAGCACCUACCACGUUGUAAAGCUCUAGCAGCUAGCUCCGAGCAGGCCGCUUGUGUCCAAGACA